AAUAGCCAAGGAUGCAGCUGUCCUGCCAAAUACGGCGUAGCUGCCUCGGCCCAGACUCCAAGCGCAUGGCCUCAUACCGGGCACCGAAAUUGAGGGAUGCGCGACCAAGACCUCGAAUGGAACCAUAUAUAAAAUGUUUCCGCUCGGCCUCAACUUCCACUAUGCCCUGGCUAGGAGUUCUCGCAGCAUCUCAUCUCCAUUGGUUGCGCAACAGACGGCGCUACGAUGAAGGUCGCGGCAACCAUCGUCCUUCUGCUAGGAGCAGCAUCCGCCGUGCCAACCCCUGACAACAAUGACACCGCCAAUAGCCUCCCAAAGCGGGCCACAAGCUUCUGGUAUGCCAAUAUGGACCACACGGGGCAGUAUCGCGGCUACGCCCCCGACCUCGACAACGACUUUACGUACCCGGUGUUCAAGUCUGUAGAUCCCGGCAACGGGGCGGCCAUCCAGGAUGCUAUCAAUGCUGGCACCAACGGCGCCAGCCGCCAUGGCAAGUGGCUAGCCUCUCAGCCGAGGGUCGUCUACAUACCCCCUGGGACCUACGAGAUCAGCCAGACGAUCCACAUGAAUACGGAUACCAUUCUCAUGGGCGACGCCACAAAUCCACCCAUAAUCAAAGCUGCCGCUGGCUUCUCCGGUGACCAGACUCUGAUCUCUGGGCAAGAUCCAACGACGGAGGAAUCCGGAGAGCUUUCCUUCACUGUCGGCCUCAAGAACCUGGUUCUUGACACGACAGGCAUUUCCGGAGGUAAUGCCUUCACGGCGCUGUGGUGGGGCGUCGCCCAAGGGGCCCAGCUGCAGAACGUCAAGAUCAGCAUGGCGUCCUCUGUCAACGGUAAUGGACACACCGGCAUUCGUCUCGGGAGGGGUUCGACUCUUGGUCUCGCCGACGUGCGAAUUGAACGCGGUCAGAACGGCAUCUGGCAUGAUGGGCACCAGCAAGCGCUCUAUAAGAGCAUAUACUUCUACCAGAACACCAUCGGCAUGCUUAUAACGGGGGGCAACACGAUCAGCAUCAUAGCUCCCACGUUCGACACCUGCGGAACCGGAGUCCGGAACACGGGCGGAUCCCCCUGGAUUGCACUCAUCGACGCCAAGUCCAUCAACUCAGGCGUGACCUUCAUCACGACCGUCUAUCCGUCCUUCCUAAUCGAGAACCUCAGCAAGGACACUAACUCGGACAUCGCCCAAGUACCCAGCGGCACCGUCCUCGGCCCGCAGAGCCACGUCAACACCUUCACGUAUGGGAACACGGUCGGCCGCAACCCCGUCUACGGGGCGACGACCUCGACCAACACGCGCCCGGCCGCCCUAGCGCCGAACGGCAACUUCCCCGUCCUGCCGGCGCCCAACUACGCCGGCAACCCGGCGACGGACUUCAUCAACGUCAAGGACCCGUCGCAGAACGGCGGCCACACCGUGCUGGGCGACCACACGGUCGACGAGGCGGGCGUCCUCAACCAGGUGCUCGCGCACGCCGCCGGCACCGGAAAGAUCGCCUACUUCCCCUUCGGCAAGUACCGCGUCGACUCGACGCUCGUCGUGCCGCCCGGGUCGCGCAUCGUCGGCGAGGGCUGGGCCACCAUCACGGGCAGCGGGGCCUUCUUCGCGGACGCGUCGAACCCGAAACCCGUCGUCGCCGUCGGCAGCGGCGGCGACGUCGGCACCGCCCACAUCCAGGACAUGCGCUUCACCGUCUCGGACGUCCUCCCUGGCGCCAUCGUGCUGCAGUUCAACAUGGCCGGCUCUGCCCCGGGCGACGUCGCGCUGUGGAACUCGCUCGUCACCGUCGGCGGGACGCGGGGCGCCCAGGGCCUGACGGGGGCGUGCGGCGACGCCCGGGCGCAGUGCCGCGGCGCCUUCCUGGGCCUGCACUUCGCGCCAACAUCGUCGGCGUAUGUCGAGAACGUGUGGAACUGGGUGGCGGACCACACGACCGAGGACUUCUCGGGGGGCUCCAACAUCGCGGGCAAGGGCGGCGCGCUGGUCGAGUCGACGCGGGGCACGUGGCUGCACGGGCUCGGCAGCGAGCACUGGUGGCUGUACCAGCUCAACCUGCGCGGGGCGCGCAACGUGCUCGUGUCGAUGCUGCAGAGCGAGACCAACUACGACCAGGGCGACAACGCGCUGCAGGUGCCUCCCGCGCCGUGGGUGGCCGAUGUCGCCGGCUGGGGGGACCCGGACUUCUCGUGGUGCGGCGGCGGGGACAAGCGAUGCAGGAUGGGGUUCGCAAACUAUAUACAGGGAGGGUCCGACAUAUACACGUACGCGUCCGCGUCGUGGGCCUUCUUCAGCGGGCCGGGAUACCAGUCGUGCGCCGGCCAGUAUCAGUGUCAGAACUACAUGCACUGGAUCGCGCAGACGCCGACAAACCUGCAGGCGUUCGGUCUGUGCUCUAAGGAUACCUGGGCGACGCUACAUCUCGCGGAUGGCACGAACAUCGUGACUGACGAUGGCUUCACCGGGUCGUGGCCGGAUUCUGGCGGCGAUGUGGGCCGGUAUACACCUUGAUAUGGUCUGUGUUGGGUUGCCGCUUAAGCCAUUUUUGAAACUUUAUAAAGUACCUAGGUACAUAUAUAAAGGGGAAUUUCUCCAGGGGCAUGC